AUGCAUUGCAUUUUCUUGCUUGUUUUAGUUGGAUUGUCUGUUGUAGCUACCGAGAAGUUGGAAAGAACGAAAUUAUUAAAUGAUGGUAACAGAAUACCAAUAGUGUCUUUCGGUACCUUUGGCAGAACAAUCGAUAUAGCAGAGAAAGUGAAACCAGCUGUUAUACAAGCUAUUAAAUCAGGCUAUAGACAUAUUGAUACCGCAGCAUUGUACAAAAAUGAAGAGGCAAUAGGUGAAGCAAUUGCUUAUGUAAUUAGUCAAGGAAUCAUUAGGAGAGAAGAUUUAUGGGUCACUACAAAGGUAAAUUUCGAUGCCACUACUAGAGAAGAAGUGCUACCAGCACUUCAAGCAUCUUUAAAAAGAUUGAAGUUGGAUUACGUAGAUUUGUAUCUAAUACACUCGCCUAUAAAUCCACUGUCUUCUGAAAAUGGUAUGCAUUAUUUAGAUGUCUGGAAAGGCAUGGAGGAUAUGAAGAGGUUGAAAUUAGCUAGAUCUAUUGGAGUAUCGAAUUUCAACAGUUCUGAAAUAAAUAAAAUUUUGGUUAAUUCCAACACAGUACCAUCUGUUAAUCAAAUCGAGGUAAAUCCUACUUAUACCGACUUAGAACUCGUGGCAUAUUGUCAAAGCCUGAACAUAACCGUAUUGUCUUAUGCACCGUUUGGAUUCAUGGUGCCCAGACCAUACGUAGCUGAUCCAACAAAUUCAACAUUUGAAGAACCUAUACUAGUGAAGCUAGCAAAAAAAUAUGGAAAGACGACCAAUCAAGUUGUUAUACGUUAUUUGGUAACAACUGCUGAUGCGCUACCGAAUACUAAGCUAUUGAAUGAUGGUAACAGGAUACCAAUAGUGGCUUAUGGCACGUUUGGGAAAACAAAUGAAGUAGAAAUCAUAAAACCAGCGUCGAUAAAAGCUAUUGAAGCUGGAUAUAGACAUAUAGAUACAGCCGCAGUAUACCAAAAUGAAGAACAAGUUGGUGAAGCGGUCGAUGAUGUCAUUAAGCGUGGAAUUGUCAAGAGAGAAGAUCUAUGGAUCACUACUAAGGUGUGA